AUGGCGGAGCACGGCGCCGAGGACGCCGCGUACUGGCGGCAGUUCGAGCGCGACUACUACGCGCUGCUGGGCGUGGCGCGCGGCUCCUCCAGCGACGACAUCCGCGCGCGCUUCCUGACGCUGUCGCGCGAGUUCCACCCGGACCGGCGCCGCGGCGAUACGAGCCUCGUGGGCGCCGCCAACGCGCAGUACGCGGCGCUGGACCGCGCGUACAAGGUGCUGUGCGACCCGCUGAAGCGCCGCGCCUACGACGUCUACGGCGAGCGCGGCGUGCUGGUGCUGGAGCAGGACGGCGCCGCGCGGUCCCGCGCGCUGGGCGCGCACCUCGAGACGGCGGGCGAGCUGCAGCGCUACGUGGAGGAGCUGCUGCGCCGCACCAACCAGCAGGCGCUGGAGGCGCAGUUCUCGUCCUUCAGCGAGAUGUCCAUGAGCGUGGACGCGUCGCAGUUCGUGCAGGCGCCCAUGCGCGGCCUGCGCAGCCUCUUCCAGCGCGGCGCGCGCUACGUGGAGCGCUCCGAGAUGACCAUCCACCAGCGCACGAGCUUCCCGCUCUCGCGCAACACGACACUCACGCUGGGCGGCUACAUGGCGGACAAGGUCGGGCUGGGCAUGGGCAGCUUCACCAUGCAGCUGGCGCACCAGUCGUUCGACCCGAGCGUGCCGUCCUUCACGCUCUCGAGCGAGCUGGGCUGGAUGCCCAAGCUGCACUGCCAGAUCAGCCAGCCCGUGUCGCCGCACACGGUCUUCAUGAUCAUCCCCGAGCUGGACGACAACGGCCUUGACAUCUCCAUGGGCGCCAACCAGCUGCUCUCGCCCGAGCUGCACGGCGCCAUGAUGUGGAGCACGCGCGACGGAAUCUCGGCCUCGCUCAGUCAAGACACAGGCACCUACAACGCCACCGCGGCGGUCGCGGUCAAUGGCGCCGGACCCAACGUGUCCUUCCAGCUCCGACGCGCGCUGAUGGCAGCCACGACGGCCAAGGUGUCGCUGCGCGCGAGUCUUGCGAUGGGUUUGUCGUUCGUUGCCGGGGCCAGUCGAGAGAUUUCCAACCGCACGCGAGUGGCGCUCGGAGUUUUGUUGGCGCGCGCGGGCGUGACGCUGCGCGUGGGCUUCACGCGCGGCAGCGUGCGCUUUGUGGUGCCCAUUUUCCUGUCGCCGUUCUCCGCGCAGUCGGCGUUCGCGACGUUCUGUGCAGCCACGUCGCCGUUCGUGGUCGCGGCCGUCGUCACGCAGCUGGUGAAGCCCGCGCAGGAGCGUAAGCGGCGUCUGGAACUGGAGCACCGUCACGAUAUGCGUGUGCAGUACCUUGCAGCAGCUCGACAGGGCGCGCUGGAGCAGCAGAAGCUGAUGCAGCGGUGUGCAAAUGAGAAGGUGGAGCAGGAACGGCAGCGGGAGGACGGCAAGGGCCUGGUGAUUUUGCUGGCUCGGUACGGCAAGAACCCGACUAGCCCGGAGUCGCGCGAACCGCGUCGAGAUGAUCUGGAUGUGGCGCUGAGAGCGAUGCGGGAACAGGACCUGAACCGUGCAAUUGGAGACGACGAAGAGAUCGGAAGCGGUGACAACAUUAGUCAGCAGGAGGAGGAAGCGGAGCUGCUGGAGCAGAGGUGGAUCGAUGUGACGGUUCCGCUGCGGUUCUUCGUCAAGGUAAGACAGCAUUUGUUUUAUUGUGCAUCGGUCGAAGGCUAA